AGGCGGCUGCGGCUCCUGUGCGCGGCCCCGCGCCCUGUCCCCGCGCCCUGUCGCCGCUCCAGCCCGCCACCGCGGUGCCAUGGCUCUGGCGGACAGCACACGUGGAUUACCCAACGGGGGCGGGGGCGGCAGUGGCUCCUCGGCGUCCUCGGCCGAGCCGCCGCUCUUCCCCGACAUCGUGGAGCUGAACGUGGGGGGUCAGGUGUAUGUGACCCGGCGCUGCACCGUGGUGUCGGUGCCCGACUCCUUGCUCUGGCGCAUGUUCACGCAGCAGCAGCCGCAGGAGCUGGCCCGGGACAGCAAAGGCCGCUUCUUUCUGGACCGAGACGGCUUCCUCUUCCGCUACAUCUUGGAUUACCUGCGGGACUUGCAGCUCGUGCUGCCAGACUACUUCCCCGAGCGCAGCCGGCUGCAGCGCGAGGCCGAGUACUUCGAGCUGCCGGAGCUCGUGCGCCGCCUCGGGGCGCCCCAGCAGCCCGGCCCCGGGCCGCCGCCGCACUCGCGGCGCGGGGUGCCCAAGGAGGGCUCCACGGGUGACGAGCUGCUGCCGCUGGGCUACGGGGAGUCAGAGCACCAGGAGGGAGCCUCAGCCGGGGCGCCGUCGCCCACGCUGGAGCUGGCUAGCCGCAGCCCGUCCGGGGGCGCGGUGGGCCCGCUGCUCACCCCCUCGCAGUCGCUGGACGGCAGCCGGCGCUCGGGCUACAUCACCAUCGGCUACCGCGGCUCCUACACCAUCGGGCGGGACGCACAGGCUGACGCCAAGUUCCGGCGAGUGGCGCGCAUCACCGUGUGCGGCAAGACGUCCCUGGCUAAGGAAGUGUUCGGGGACACUCUGAACGAAAGCCGGGACCCGGAUCGGCCUCCCGAGCGCUAUACCUCGCGCUAUUACCUCAAGUUCAACUUCCUGGAGCAAGCUUUCGACAAGCUGUCCGAGUCGGGCUUCCACAUGGUGGCGUGCAGUUCCACUGGCACCUGCGCCUUUGCGGGCAGUACCGACCAAAGCGAGGACAAGAUCUGGACCAGCUACACCGAGUACGUCUUCUGCCGGGAGUGAGCACCCCGCCCCCUGCGCGUCUCCCGCGCUCGUUCCCCCUCUUUCCUGCGCGGAAGAGGGUCGCAGCUCUCCUUCCCACGCGUCUGCCCUUCCCCCCUUUCCCCACCUCCUGUAGCUGGGGCCAGAUCCACUGGCGCCCCCACUUUAGAACCUGCAGCCGCAAAUCCUCUGGCUUCUUGGUCUUCUUUGGUUCCCACUAAUGGAGAGCCCAGUCCUAACCCCAUGUCCUACCCUCCCCCACCCCCGCGUCCUCUUCCCUGUCUCCAGCCAUUCCUUUCCCGAUUGUCCUUCAGUCUAUUGGGGGCAGUAUGGCCACAAAGUCACCAAUUCCCUGGGAAUAACUGAAUUGUUCAGAACCUGAUCGGACCUUGUCCAGUGUGUAGAAGAUUCCUGGAAAUAUUUUCAAGCCCUUGUGAUUUAUUCCAGCUUAAGAGAAAGGAAUUGAUAAUACUGUCGGGGGAUAGCUAAUGUCUUAAAGGCCAUCAUACAGUCUUCUUCACCCUCUUUAAAGGUAGUUGUAGAAGGUUGGAUGGAAAAAUCUGGACCUGGAAUUAGGAUCCUAUGGAAGCAGUUCAGUGACUAUAGAAGUAAAGUUUUGAGAAGCUGUUACAGGUAGAAAUAGGAGAAGCCUUGAGUGCUGGCACAGUGAAAGAGCCUAUCUUUUCCAUGCAGAACUAAAGUUUUAACCUGUGGCCUAAACUUGUAGAGUGUUAGCCUUUGCCUGAGGAAUCUCCCUUUCUCCUGGCUCAUCAUCGCUGGAAGCCUUCCCUUGGAUUGGUUGACAUGGCAGCCCUUCCUGGCAGGAGAGAGAAAGCACUACUGCUGGAGGGAACAAGACAGCCCAGGUGACCAAGCUCUGUGGGACAUCACCUGGCGGUGACUGUAAACAGAACUGGGUAGUAACGCACGUGUGACUGUUAGAAAAGCCAAUGUUCUUGCAGUGAAUGGCGGUAGGACCUUAGCUCUUAGACUUGGGGGAGGGGGAGGGGUGGGGAGGGGAGAGGAUGGGUGGGAAGGGAG